GGCACGCUCAUUAGCAUAUGUCAUGGUCCAAGUCGCGUUUUUCCUCUCAGAGUCUGAGCAGCAGUAAAAUCUUCAUGGAACAACCAUUAUGCGGUAUACUUCAACUUCCCGAAAUGCGGGACAACGGCUCAACUCAUCGGCCAUCAUUUAUCUGCCAAAAUCCGGGAAAUGCAAACACACCCAGCCAGUAGGACAAAUGCCAGGCUCUUUCGGGUGCACCGCAGCCUGGUACCUAUCCCUCACAAAGAAAUGGCUCAAAACGACUGUUUGCAAAACACAGCCAGCCGCGUAAUAAAUCGACAAAAGAGUACCGUCCGUUUGGCCAGCAACACUACCACUACCACCAUCAUCUCGAUGACGCGUCGUCUUCGCGUUGGGAUGCUCGUAAGGCUUCUAUCCAUGCCCCCGGAGAUGUGGCUCGAGAUUAUGGGCCACCUGAGUCCCAAAGACGUGUUAAACCUCGCACGAACAUCCAAAGAUCUUCGUUCGGUAUUCAUGCACCCAUCGUCAACGACUAUGUGGAAAACAGCGCGUAAGACUGUGGAUUGUCUUCCUCCGAUGUCAGGCUUCUCCGAACCGAGGUGGGCGAAUUUGAUGUUCGUCAAUAAGUGUAACGUACGGCGUGUCUUUUUUUACUGGUCGUCAGAUAUUCUGGCGCAUUUGUGUUCUUCUUCUAGUUCUGUUGUAAAAGUACGGUGCGCAAUGUUGAUUUUUUUCUUCUUACUCGUAUAUGCACGAAGUGCGUGGGCGAGCACAUCAUUUCUGACCCUGCGACAGGUUCUGAUACAGGUGGGAUCGACUCUCAUCAAGAAGCUGUUGCCUAAACGAAGGGAGAAAGAAUUCGAUGUUGUCAAAGCUAAGUAUCUCUCACUUCCCAAGGACAAGGUAGAUACGUAUCGCCAAGAAAAACGGGAAUACGUCAAGCAAGUGCUUAACUUCGUAUACAUUGGAAACACGUGGCGUCAAAAGAUGGUCAAGCAACGUGAAGAGGAGCUGAAAGAAUUGAAGGAGAAUAGAGCAGCCGCCAUAACCAAGAAACUCGAGGCGCUCGGCUACGGCGAAGCCUUCGAAUCCCUGGAUUUCAAACUCAAGUUCCCCGAGCACCCGCUUGUCAAGCAGGCAAGCGCCCUCACAGAGAAAGAAGCGGUUAAAGCAGUAGAAGACGAGCGCGUAUCCAAGGCACUAGUCACCAAGACCCGCAUCGCCCUCGCCACCGACAUCCUCGAGUCCCGCACUGCCCAAGUCCCGUCCAUCACCGAUUUCCUAGCCUUUGGUCCUCUCAAAGACAUCCUCGACCUUCCCCUGCGGAUCACUGUCGGUGCAAGGCACUUGAGGCCGGUCGUAGAUGAUUUUCGCAAGCAUUGGGCGGAACGCACACAGGAUGAACUCCUCCGGGUUCUCGGGGAUACUCGAUCCAAGAGACAGAAGCGCGAUUAUCUGGCGUGUAAUGUUGUUUACCUGUCGGAAUCGAAACGGAGGCGUGUGUGGACUGCGGAGUAUUUAUCGAGGCAUGAGAGUCUGAUGGCGUUCAUGCCGACGUUUAUACGGGCCAUCGGAUUGGACCCGGAAUCUGCGACGGUGGAAGAGAUUGCUUCACUGAAGCAGAAUCACCUCUGCCUUAUCUGUCCGGGGGCGCACCCCUUUGACGGGAGGUCAAAAACGUAUCUGGCUAAUUAUCCCGUUGUCAGAUCGAGCAUAUGGGUGGGCAUUUCUCAGGAAGAGGUGGCCUCGUUUCCUACCCAGAGAUAUUUGAGGUAA